AUGACACACAAACACCGUGCAACAAACUCAGUCACUACGGCUUACACAGAGUCCGAAGUGCCAAACGACUACGAAGCCAACUCCCACCAGGCACAGUCUGAGGCUGAUCACGAGUACUUUCGAUCACAUUCGCCUGAGAAGAAGUCGAUUCCUGCUCCCCUAAACCUCGGCCACAAUUUGGGUGUUGGCAACCAGAAGGAGAAACCUCUACACUCCCCUGCAUCGUUCAGAUCUGGUUUUAGCAUAGGGAGCAAACAGAUCAUCCCGCCCACUCACCAACAAUUACGUUCGAUCGAUAAUUCUCCGCGAUAUGAUGGACGUAUGCACGAUCUACAGCAAAAGCAUCUUGCUGCUCAGCAAAGCGCAAUGGGCAAGAACUACGAGUAUUUCGAGGGUAAUAACGUCUUUUGGCUUGGCGGUCGACUGCAAAAUGCUAGGGAUCGUCCUGUGAAUAUCCUCACUGGCAUUUUGAUCCUUUUCCCAACUAUCUUGUUCUUUAUUUUCUCGUGA